GUACAAGAUACUCUCCAUUGUUCAAGGUGGUCGCCUCUAUCCAAACUUGCCACUUGGGCUACCCGUGCGGGUGGGGUUUCAUUAGGUCAUUACCGCCUCAAGGUGGAGCAUCCCCGCAUGUUUACCUAUCAAUUCAGUUUUCAGAAAAGAGUUCAAUGGAGGAAGGAGAAGAGUAUUCACUGCAAAAGAACUUGAUAUGGAAAACAUCACCGUCUUCAUCACUCAUAUCCGAAUCGAAUUCAUUCCUUUCAUCAACACUGGGUAGGGUUAUGAACACACUGCUCACCGCCAAGCCCAAAAAGCUCCAAGACGCAAUUUCUCGUCUACAGCCCUCUCAAAAAACCGCACCAACCAGAGUUUCUUUGGAACAGUCACUUUGGUUCCUUCACAAGUACGCUGUGGAUUCCCGGGAGAAAGAGGACAGUUUGGACCAAGUUUUUAUUCCCAUGAUUGAACAUUCAUUACAACUCAAAGCUUCUAAAGAGAGUAAACAGGAAGUACUACUUCUCAAUUGGCUUUUCCAAGAUGGAAUUCUUUUCCAAGCUCUUGCGAACAACUUAGCAGGAAUUAUAUCUAGGCGAGAUGAUCGUUACAUUUCCCUAGGCUGGUGUAUUCUCACUCGGAGUCUCUUAGAAUUUGACUGUACUGCAGAGAAGCUCAUAACACAUGGAAUAAGGGAGAAGUAUGACAGGCUUCUUAAAACUUUUUGCUCUUGUAUCCCAUGUCUCAUAGCUAUUGUAUGCAAUGGGAGGUAGAAGUGUUUCUUCUUAUACAAAUGGAAUUUGCAUUAUAUAUCCCACCCCACAUUUUGAAUAUGAUUCCACUUUGAGAUAUAACACACUCUUAUCUUAACUUGGGGUUUGAAUCUAGAAUUCAAUCAAGAUAUGACACACUUAAUUAAAUAUCUAGAACCUAAAACUCACACUUAAGAUAACCACUCUUAAGAUAUAGAUUUAGGAAUUUAAAUAGCAAACACAACAAGUGUAUUACUAAAUGGAAAAUGGAAUUACAAUAUGAGUCUCACAAAAUGGCCUAAGGCCGAAAUAAAUACACACACAUAGGGGGGAAACUUCCCAGAAACAUCCACUCACAAAUCACAAGAAUAAUAUCCAUUUGUUUAUGUUUUCUUAAUGGAAUGAAAUCAGGGAUUUGGUCUUUGAUUUUCAUGGCUGGUGGCUUGUCCUUUAGUGAGGAAAAUCACAAGGAAAUAAGUGAUGAUUCUUGGGAAAUAAUGGGGGACAAAGGGG